AUUUGUUUUCUAAUUUUGUUUUGGUUUUAUUCAAGCCUCAGUCUCGAAGUCUGCCCUGCGUUCAGAGAAAAACUAUAUAGCAGGAUAAUUCAUUUCAUCCAUUCAAGAUUAUUCUAAAGAGGCGAAGAUGAAUGAUCUUAUGACGAAAUCAUUCCUCAGUUACGUAGACCUCAAGAAACAAGCCAUGAAAGACCAAGAAUCCGAGACUGAUAUUGAAAUGGGCCGCCAACUUGACCCCAUUGAUGAGCAAAACCUGUCACAGUUCUUUGAAGAAGUAGCAGCUAUCAAGACUGACAUGGAAGAGAUCACCAGUCUCCUUCUUAAUCUUCAAGACUUGAACCAAGAAACAAAAUCCACUCACAGUGCGAAAAUUCUCAGAGGAAUUAGAGAUAGAAUCAAGGCAGAUAUGAUCACAAUACUUCGAAAAGCGAAGAGUAUAAAAGCAAGGCUGGCAUUGCUUGAUCAGUCUAACAUCGAAAAUCGAAAUGUAUCAAUGUCUUAUAAAGAAGGGAGUCCAGUUGAUCGAACCAGGAUUUCGGUUACUACCGGCUUGCGAGUUAAGUUAAGAGACAUGAUGCAUGACUUUCAGUCCUUGAGAGAGCAGAUUGUGAAAGACCACAAAGAGGGGCUUAAAAGGAGGUAUCAUAAUGUGACAGGAGAGGAGCCAAGUGAGGAAGUGAUAGAGAAGAUGAUUUUGGGAAGUGUGGAAGAGAAGGUUUUUGAAGGCAAAGAAGAUUUGGUGAUGGAGACUCAUGAAAGGCAGGAGGCUUUGAAAGAGAUGCAGAGGAGCUUGACAGAGUUGCAUCAAGUGUUUCUUGACAUGGCUGUGUUGGUGGAGGCACAAGGGGAGCAAAUUAAUGAUAUUGAAGAGAAUAUGGCAAAAGCUGGUGCUUAUAUCAGUGGUGGCACUGAUGGUUUACACCAUGCUGAUCAAAUGAAGAAAAAGAGAAGGAAUUGGGCUUCUUGGAUUGGUGCUUUUGUGCUGAUUUUGUUUCUGGUGUGCCUUAUUGCCGCCUUGGCUUCUUAAAUAAUCUUUGUGGUUGAUGAGUAGGGUAUAUUUGUGGCUUUUAUUGGUUUGCUUGCAUAGAGAAGAUUUGGCUACUUUCAUCAAAGGAGAAUGUUUUUAUAUUUCUGUCAU